UGUCCUUUAGACCUUAGAUAUGAAACGUUCAAGCGGAUAUAAUGAUUUCGAAUGGGCCGUCCGUAUAAAUCGGUUUAUAUUAAGAAUCGUCGGUUUAUGGCCGUCAGACAAUCAUGGUGCUCGUGCAGCAGUGGACUCGAAGUUUCGGCUACUGUGCAGUUUUAUCACCUUAUUCAUCGUAUUGACAAUACCGGCAUUAAUGUCAUUGAUAAAAGUAUGGGGAAACAUGAUUUUAAUGAUAGAAAAUAUGCAAUACACUCUACCAAUUCUGGGUGCGGUAUUUAAAAUUUGCAUUAUCUCGCAAAAACAAGCAGAUUUAUUACCCUUAAUUGAAAUGAUGGAAAGAGACUGGGUGAAAUCGAAGUCAGAAGAGGAGCGAAGCGUGAUGCUGAAGCGUGCAAGGAUUGUACGCACGAUUGCCAUGUGCGGCUUGUCCUCGACAAUAUUGUCAAUAAUAAGUGCCUUUAGCUUUACAUGCUUUGAGCUGAUAUUUAGGCACGUGACGAACCUGACUAAUUCCGAAAAAUCAUUGCCUUUACCAUUGUACUAUUUCCACAAUGUUUCCAAGAGCCCGCAAUAUGAAUUGACGCUAGUGGCGCAAAUAUUCGCGAGUGUUACAUGUGGUUGUUCUUAUACAGGAGUUGAUCACUUUCUCGGAUUGUUAGUUUUGCACGUAUGUGGGCAACUCGAGAACUUACAUUCGAGACUGAUAUACAUGGAUAAAUAUCCGAAUUUUAUGGCUGCUUUGCAGUACAACGUUCAGGAUCACGUCCGCUUAAUCAGGCACAUCUAUCGAAAUUAUUGAUAAUGCAUUUGAUUCAAUGCUGC